AUGCGCGUGACAAGGUCCAUGGCGAGCAGCGAGCAGCUGUUACCUUCCUCUGCGUCCAAUCGGCCCCUCGAUCAACCCUCCUCACAAACCCCGACGCUACCAGUGCCAUACCUCUUGUCCAAACCGAGAUACCAUGAGAUUUACGACUUCAUCCAGGGACUUCGCGACGGCAAAGAUUCGGUCGAGUACGGAGAUCAUGAGUUCGCCGUCGCAGUUCGACCUCAAGACUGGCCUUCACUGCGAGAUGAGCUGUUCGAACCAGGAGUGGAGAGCGAGAACCUGAGCCGGGACACUGCUGGUUGGGCAGGCGACAAAGUUUACUACAACUACGAUGACCGCAAAAGAUCUCUUACCAUCAAAAUGUGCGGUUACGCGCUUUACUCUUCGGUCAAGGGAAACCUUGGUUCCCGGCUGUGUGAGAAAUUGGCCGGUGUAAAGAAAGACGUGGAAUUGAGUCCUCACUGGGCCACCUACCAAGUGUUUCGUUUCCGUGUCAAGGACAAGAACCUGGCGGUUGUAGACGCUGGCACUCGUGUCAAGUUCCGAGAUGCUAAUGGUGUCAUCUCGCCAAACGCCAAAAUCCCGUUCUCUGUAGCCGACUUUGUAGCCGAUUCUGCGCAGCCAGAUACGGUCGAUCUUCAUGCUCUACAGCUGGACUUUACGCACCAAGAGCUUCACGACGUCUUCUCAUACGCAGAAAAGUUUUCACGCAUCGUAGACGAGUAUAGCGACAAGAUGCGUUCUGAAAGGAGGCAGGAGUAUGAAUACGCGGAACUGAGCGAUGCGGAUAGUGAUUCCAACACUUCUGAUUCUAAGGAUGUCGGCACCGAUGGGAACAACAAGGACCAGGGCGAUUCUGAUAUCCUCAGCCAUGUCGAUGAAAAUCUCAGCGAGCCUGGCAGCCCCAGUGCCACGAUUGCCACUUCACCGGCCCCUGCACGUGGCUCACCCCCUCUCAAGAAGCGGAGGCGCGAUGGUCCUGGCAACAUACAGAUUGGCGAGAUCAGAAAGAGCUGA